CUGAAAAUUUCUGUCCACUCGGUCUGCGCUCUCCAGCUCCCCUCCUCCUCCUCCCACCCUGGGCGUCCAGGAAUCUACUUGGAGACGAGGGGGCACCCCGGAGAGGCGUCCUGGGAAAGCUUGGAAAAGUGGGGGGUACCCUGGAGAGACACCCACCACCUCCUCCUGAGUCCCUGGGGCUGCUGAAUCACCGGCGAGGAGUCCUUCAACACUUGAAUGAGCCAGCUGCCAGCCGCCACUAUCCUUGGAUGCCCCCCAUAACCCCUGGCAUGUCCAACCGGCCGUCAGAGGCCUGAGUCAUCCCGUGACCCCAACCCCCGGCCACCCUGCACUGUCCCGGCUCCCCCGAGGCUCCCACGCUGCAGUGCGGCCGAGACCCGUCCCCACAGGGGCCACCCCUGCCGGCUGCCCCUGGUGCCCGGGGUGGCCCGGGCCGCAGGGCCAUGAAACUGCAGGCGGUGAUGGAGACCCUCCUGCAGAGACAGCAGCGAGCCAGGCAGGAGCUGGAGGCCCGACAGCCACAGCCCCCCCCAGAGCCCCCCACGAGUGUUCGGGCCCGGGGGGCCCCUACAGAAGAGGACAGAGAGCCAGACAGUGCCCGCAUGCAUAGGACGCAGAUGGCUGCCCUGGCCGCCAUGCGUGCAGCUGCUGCCGGCCUGGGGAACCCGGCAUCUCCCAGUGGCUCUGCAGACCAGCACCCCAACUCAGAGGAUGAGGACACAGCCCAGGAAGGGUCUCUGGGAUCACCUGUCCUGCGAGGAGGACGUGCCCAGGAAGGACCCGGGCAAACGGACAGAGACGGGCAUCUGAUGAAUGUGGACUUUGAUGAGGAUGAGUGUUUCUUGUCCGUUUUCAGAAAACCCAAGUGGGAAGAGGAGGAAGAACUGGAUGAGGACCUGGGGGAUGAAGAGGAAGAGGAGGAUGACUUUGAGGACGAGGAUGAAGAGGACGAGGAAGGCCUGGGUUCCCUGGGACCUGCUGGCCUGGGCUCCCCAGGCCUGUUCUCGCGCAAGACCCAGCCUGCUCAGACUUCCCGAGGGGACCCCAGGGCUAUGGGAGGCCCUGAAAGGCCAGGACCCAGUCCGAUCCAUCCCAGUCAUGUGACAUCCCAGAUGCCACCACCAGACCAUGGAGAGUGGACCUUUGAAGAGCAGUUCAAACAGCUCUAUGAACUGGAUGCCGACCCCAAGAGGAAGGAGUUCCUGGACGAUCUGUUCAGCUUCAUGCAGAAGCGGGGGACGCCCGUGAACCGAAUCCCCAUCAUGGCCAAGCAGGUCCUCGACCUGUACAUGCUGUACGUGCUCGUGACUGAGAAGGGCGGCCUGGUGGAGGUCAUCAACAAAAAGCUGUGGCGGGAGAUCACCAAGGGGCUCAAUCUGCCCACCUCCAUCACCAGCGCAGCCUUCACACUGCGCACACAGUACAUGAAAUACCUUUACCCCUAUGAGUGUGAGCGCCGAGGGCUGAGCAGCCCCAAUGAACUCCAGGCUGCCAUCGACAGCAACCGGCGGGAGGGCCGGCGCCAGAGCUUCGGGGGCUCACUCUUCGCUUAUUCACCUGGCAGCGCCCAUGGCAUGCUUUCCUCACCCAAGCUGCCUGUAACGUCCCUGGGCCUGGCUGCCAGCACCAAUGGCAGCUCCGUCACCCCUGCACCCAAGAUCAAGAAAGAGGAAGACUCUGCCAUCCCCAUCACUGUCCCAGGCCGCCUGCCUGUGUCUCUGGCGGGUCACCCUGUUGUGGCAGCCCAGGCCGCUGCUGUGCAGGCAGCAGCAGCCCAGGCAGCUGUUGCAGCUCAGGCAGCUGCCCUGGAGCAGCUCCGGGAGAAGCUGGAGUCGGGGGAGCCUGUGGAAAAGAAGAUGGCUCUGGUUGCUGAUGAACAGCAGCGUCUCAUGCAGCGAGCUCUGCAGCAGAACUUCCUGGCCAUGACAGCCCAACUGCCCAUGAACAUCCGAAUCAACAGCCAAGCCUCUGAGAGCCGCCAGGACUCAACCAUGAGUCUGACCAGCGCUAAUGGCAGCAACAGCAUCACUAUGUCUGUGGAAAUCAACGGCAUCGUGUACACAGGGGUGCUGUUUGCCCAGCCACCGCCCCCCACGCCACCCUCUGCUCCCAGCAAAGGUGGCCCAGGUAGUGGCACCAACAAUACCGCGGGCAGUCGGACAGGAGCCAGUGGUACGACCAGCUCGGGCAGCCAGGUGGGACCAGCAGGGGUGUCCACGCCCCCCACAUCUACCUCAAAUAACUCCUUGCCUUAAGGAAGCCAGGUCACAUCGCUGUCCACCUGCCACGUCCCUCAUUGGCUACUGGAACCCUGCAGCCACAUGGGGGAAGUCGGAUUUCUGAGGACCCACAAGACGCCAAAAAGA